GACCGCAAUGGGCUGGGGUUGCUCAUACGCCGCGUCGGCCCGCUUUAGCUAUUGAAAGACCUGCUUGAUGGCUUCACCCGGCCUGGACUGGCAACGCCACCAAAGCCACCACCACCAGCUCCAGCACCACCACCACCAGAGUCACACUCACCCCGUGAUCCACCAGAAACUGAUCUCCACCGCCACGCUGACUCUGUUCGUUCUCUUCCUGAGCAGCUGGAUAGCCUAUGGAGCGGCCAAGGCCACCGUGGCUGCUCCGCUCCUGGAAAUCGAGACGGAGCCGUCGCCAUCGCAGUCACAGGACUUUAACAGCAGCACCGCCUUCCUAGGGGCCAUAGCCUCGGCCUCAGGUUUAGGCUCGGGACUGGGAUCACUGUCGCCCAUGAAUAGCAGUCCCAUUGCCAUAGUCUCGUAUCAGGGCAUCACCAGCACUAAUUUGGGUGACAGUAAUACGACAUUGGUGCCCCUCUCAGAUACUCCCCUGCUCCUGGAGGAAUUCGCCGCUGGGGAGUUUGUGCUGCCUCCCCUGCAGUCCAUAUUCGUGAGCAUCGUCCUGCUGAUCGUCAUCCUGGGCACAGUGGUCGGCAAUGUCCUCGUCUGCAUAGCCGUCUGCAUGGUCCGCAAGCUGAGGAGACCCUGCAAUUACCUGCUCGUCUCAUUGGCGCUCUCCGAUUUGUGUGUGGCCCUGUUGGUUAUGCCCAUGGCCCUGCUGUACGAGGUGCUGGAGAAGUGGAACUUUGGGCCGCUGCUGUGCGACAUCUGGGUAUCCUUCGACGUCCUCUGCUGCACCGCCUCAAUACUAAAUCUGUGCGCCAUAUCGGUGGAUCGCUAUCUAGCCAUAACGAAGCCCCUGGAGUAUGGAGUCAAGCGAACACCUCGCAGGAUGAUGCUGUGCGUGGGCGUAGUUUGGCUAGCAGCUGCCUGUAUCUCAUUGCCUCCGCUCCUGAUCCUCGGAAACGAGCACGAGGACGAGGAUGGCCAGCCCAUUUGCACGGUGUGCCAGAAUUUCGCAUAUCAGAUCUACGCCACGCUGGGCUCCUUCUACAUACCGCUGUCGGUGAUGCUCUUUGUCUACUACCAGAUCUUCAGAGCGGCGCGAAGGAUUGUGCUAGAGGAGAAACGUGCCCAGACACAUCUACAGCAGGCCCUCAAUGGAACCGGCUCACCCACGGCACCGCAGGCUCCUCCCAUGGGUCACACAGAACUGGGCGGUAAUGGCCAGCGGCAUAGCAGCGUGGGCAACACCUCGCUGACAUACUCCACCUGUGGCGGAUUGAGCAGUGGCGGCGGUGGAGCCUUGGGUGUCGGCGUGAGUGGCGGCCAUCAUGGAAGCGGCGGAGGGGUGAGCGGAUCCACUGGACUCCUGGGAUCACCACACCACAAGAAGCUGCGCUUCCAGCUAGCCAAGGAGAAGAAGGCCUCCACCACACUGGGCAUUAUCAUGUCCGCCUUCACCGUCUGCUGGCUGCCCUUCUUCAUCCUCGCUCUCAUUCGUCCUUUCGAGACGAUGCAUGUCCCGGCAUCGCUCUCCUCCCUCUUCCUCUGGCUGGGCUACGCCAACUCCCUGCUAAAUCCCAUCAUCUAUGCCACCCUCAAUCGGGACUUUCGCAAGCCCUUCCAGGAGAUCCUAUACUUCCGCUGCUCCAGCCUCAAUACGAUGAUGCGAGAGAACUACUACCAGGAUCAGUAUGGAGAGCCGCCAUCCCAGCGGGUGAUGCUGGGCGAUGAGAGGCAUGGAGCCAGGGAGAGCUUCCUCUAGGCAAGUGCACCGGAUAGCAGUCGGCAAAAGCGAAUCUGAGGAUGUCAAUGCUAGUCGCAGGAUCUUCCCCUUGGUAUUCGGUAGAACAGUUCGGCCACGUAGGAUCCCUAGUCUAACCUAAGCGUACAUUGAGGGGUGAAAAGCUAAUGGUAAAGCCAGAAAAAACUGUAAUUUCCUGUCAAGGUUGAAGGUAAUCCCUGGAAAUGCUUUAAUAUA